AGUGGAACUGAGUGUCAGUCGCAUUGUUUGAUCAAGUCAGACAAGCUGACGUUGAAAAGUUUCUGCCAGCGACCUUGACUACUUCAUGACAAAAUGAGUGAACGUUCUCUCCUGGUGAAUGUGGAAAAGUGGAUCGCUGACAAUCAGAAUGCUUUUCUACCACCAGUGUGCAACAAACUCAUGCACAAAUACCAGUUGAACAUCAUGUUUGUCGGAGGUCCAAACACCAGGAAAGAUUAUCACAUUGAAGAAGGAGAGGAGUUGUUCUAUCAGCUGAAGGGAGACAUGUGUCUGAAGGUGAUUGAAAACAACAAACACAAGGAUGUGCACAUCAGAGAGGGGGAGAUGUUUCUGCUUCCAGCUCGGGUACCUCACUCUCCACAGCGACAGGCCAACACCGUGGGACUGGUGGUGGAGAGGAGACGACUGCUGACUGAAACUGACUGCCUGAGGUAUUAUGUGGAGAACACCACAGACAUCCUGUUUGAGAGAUGGUUUUAUUGUGAGGAUCUGGGAACUCAACUGGUUCCAAUUAUCAAAGAGUUCAUGGCAUCGAAACAGUACAGAACCGGAAAACCCGAGCCCAAUGAAGUCUUCCGACAGCCCCUCUUCCAUCUGAACACCGUGGAGUUGAUGUCACCCUUCUGCUUCAGAGACUGGCUGAACAAACAGAAGCUCUCGCUGACCAGUGGCCAGACCAUUGACAUGUUCGGAGCUCAGUUUGAGACUGAGGUCAUGCUGUUUGGACAUGGACAGAGUGAGACAACAGUGUGCCAGAGUGAUGUGUGGAUUUGGCAGAUGGAAGGAUCCUCUAGAAUAACUAUGAAUGGACAGAACCACCAUCUCUCUGCAGGAGAGAGUCUCCUACUGCUUGAACAGAGCCAGUACUGCUGGGACAGAGAUGGAGAGACGGUUGCUCUGAUGGUGAUUCAGAACCCAGAACGGAAGAGACCCUGAGCUGCUGACAUGGACAUGAACUCAACAUAAAAUGUUACUUUAACUUUUGUAAAAAAGAAUUUGACUGUAGAUCACCCCAAAUCAUGUCAACUAUGCACCAAAUACUGAAUUGAAGUCAUAAACCUCCAUGUUGUGUUAAUCACUGUGAAAACUGACCCUUUUUAAAUGUUCAUUUGAACAUGAAGGCGUAAAAACUCAACUCUGAGUUUUCACCGAACCUGUAGUUUAACUACAAAACUGGUCAAACAUUUUUAAAAAACCCUAGCUUUUCUUUAUGGUCAAAGCUUUUUAAUUUGUGAAAUAUCUUUGUCUAAUGGCAACCAAAAAUAAAGCAAAUGAAAUCCAAG